GUAGACAAAAUUCAGAAAGUCAGAGUCCAGCUCGUAGUUUUCAUCAUUUAUAAACAAUCUGUAUGGGAUACAUCUAAAGAAAUGAGCCAAAUCUGAUUGUGAAAGUGGGACCGUGUUUAUAUCUGAGGCAGCUGAGCUAUCUGGUAAGCUGUCAAAAUCUGACUCCAUAUUGACCUUGGGUAAACUAAUUCUUUGUGAAAUAUAAAGCUUUUUAACUCGGUAACUCUAAGUUUUUUCUAUUAAUUCUUUCGUUUGGUUGUCACCUCGUUUGGUUGGCUCGAGGAAUUCUGGAUUUUAUAACUUUUAAGUCAUUUAUGACAGAAAAAAAAACUUUACAUGAGAUUUUAUGUUCAACACAACACCAACAUCACAGUACUGAAAAUGGAUUUCGAUGAAGUAUUGAACCUGGAAGAGCAAUUCUAUAAAGAAGGUUUCGAAGAAGGACAAGCCGAAUCCACUAAAAAAUCAUUUUUAGAAGGGAAAGAGUAUGGUUUACAAGCUGCAUUCCAGAAAUAUGUUUUUGUGGGACAAGUGCAAGGUAUAGUGGACUUGUUGGUCGAAGGAUUUGGUGGUGAACUAUCUGGUCAAGCAAAGAGCCAAUUAGACCAGAUAGUUGUGCUUAUUGAUUCCAUCAAGACGGAUAACGACUAUGGUAACGUCGUUGAAUCAGAAAAGAUCAUAACUAAAAUCAGAAACAAGGUUAGAAUAUUGAUG